GAGAACAAUCUUUGGCCUAUAUUCAUGGCCUAUGAUUUCACUGACUUGGAUCUUAUCUUCAUCAAGGAGUUGAUUUACGGCCCCCUCCCAGGCUCUGACGGAGUAUUCAAGGGCCGAGGACCAGAGAAACAUUUCCUCUACGAGAUCGUCGCAAACAAGAUAUCCAGCAUUGACGUGGACAAGUGGGAUUACUUUCUCAGGGACAACAAGGCGAUGAACAUUGGGCUCACCUUCGAUUACAAGAGGUUUAUCUGCAUGUCUCGCCUGGUGGAGGUCGACGGGAAAACCAGGCUCGCCUUGGCAGAUAAGGAGGCCCGAAGUGUUGAGAAACUGUUUGAGGAUAGAACCCGACUGCAUGAGCACGGAUACCAGCACAGAGUUGUAAAGAAGAUUGAUCGAAUGUAUAUUGAUAUUCUUCUUAGUGCUGAUAAACGUGUGGAGAUCUGCGUAGAUAGAGAAGGUAAAUUUGUCCCUUUAUCUGAAGCUUGCAAUGAUAUGUUUGUGUUCUCCCAGCUGACAGAUGAAUUCUUGUUCAACACUAUCCGACACUCGAGAACAAAUGCUCUGAAAGCAGCGCGGCAAAUUAUUCACAGGAUAUCAACCAGAAAACUCUACAAAGUCGUAGGUUUGGUUGGACGAAGUGGGAGUCAUAUCUCCCAGAAGUUUAAUGAGCAUCAGGUCUCCUUGAAUGAGUUUUUAUUGAGAGCAAACGGUUCAUUAUCUCCUGAAGAUCUGACCCUCUCCUUGAAACGGAUUACCUCUGGUCUAGGUAGACAGAAUCCUGUGGAGAAGGUUCUGUUUGUAAACUCUAAAGGGCAGUCCAGGAACUACAGCUCAAAAUACCUGAAGGAGAUUAUGCCUGUUGAAAAGGAAACCUUGCUGGUAAUACUGAGGAGGGAGGGGGAGGAGUACAGGAAGGAGGCGGUGGAGUUGGUCAGAACCUGGCUCAGGCAAUCCUUCGAGGAGGAGGAUUAUGAGAUAUCCUCCUCUGAUCGAGAAUAGACAGGACUAGAUUUCAUUCCCGAAUUUUCUUAAAUAGCGAAAAAAGACAUGAUUUGAUAUCUGGAUAAAGCACAAAAUUUUAAGAAUGUAUGAUUUUUUUCAAUAUCCAGAAAUAGAAUUUGUCCAGAUUUUCAUCCUUGACACAGAAGGAUCUCCAAAUCUUCUUACAUUCAAAUUAGAAUAGGCUUUAUAAAUACGCUUCGAGGAUUUGGAACAUG